AUGUGCAACACGCCCCGAAGCACGUCCACGCGGCAGAUCAAGCGCGUCUCCACCUUCGACGAGCAUGCCCGGCUCGCCCACCUCGCGCGCUCAUCCUCAACGCCAGGCUCGGCGCCGGCCUCUGGCUCGUCAUCGCCCAGUCCAGCAAGUCCCGCGGCAGCAUGGCCAGUGGCAUCCGGUCCGCGGGACAGCCCCGCCGACCCCGCCGCACGGCUGGAGCAGCCCACGUCCCCGCUCAAGUCUGCUGUGACUGCUGCUGCACCAGCACGAGCCAAGCCGCCUGCCACUUCUGCUGCCGCUCCUGCCACUUCUGCUGUUGCUACUGCUGCUGCUCCUCCUGCAAGUAUCCCGCGUGCAAAGAGUCAAGGCUUCUCGGCGCCCGACCCGGUAGCACCAAGAACAGAGGUGGCGACGAACAGCGACCCGGGCUCCACCCUGUUGCCUUCUGAGCUCGCAAGAAGCCGCCAGCAGCAACACCAGACCACCUCGAGCAUGUUUUCGUCAGUACAGCUCACACCAAGUCCAACUGCAAACGUCGAGCGGUCCAAGAAUACAGAGCCUACGCACACAGAGCCGAGUCACACCUCAAGGCCCCGGCCACCUUCUGAGCCGCUCAAAAGCCGCCAGCAACAGCAUGACGCCAACUCUGGCACAUCCUCUCCCGUGCAGCUCACUCCAAGCCCAACUGCUAACGUCGAGCGGUCCACCGCCUCAGUUGAGACGCAAUCUCUGACGAACGCUACCAGGGCAAGCACGACCAAUGGCCAGGUUCCGAUGCCCGCUGCUCAGCAGCAGCAGCAGCAGCAGCAGCAGCAGCAGCAGCAGCAGCAGCAGCAGCAGCAUCCCGCGGACGAAGAGUCAAAGUUGCUCGGCGUCCGGCACGGCACCAAGACCAGAGCCUGUGCACCGAGACCCGCUCAACAAAACAAGCGACACCUCAAGGCCGCAGAGUCCUUCUGAGCUUCCAAGAACCACCCAGCAACAACAUGACACCAACUCCAGCAAGUCCUCUCCCGCACAGCUCACUCCAAGUCAAAAUAGUCCGGCUGCAAACGCCGAGCGCUCCACUGCCUCAGUCGAUGCACACCCAUCUCCCACCAAUGCGACAACCCUCACCACAACAGUAGCAAACACACCCAAUGGCCAGGUUCCGACGCUGGCUCUUGCACGUGAUGGCAGCGGGAAGUUUACUGGUGGGGUUCAGUUGAAAAAACCCGCUCUUCCAGGAGCGCCUCUUCAUGUAAGCUCGUCGUCUCGCACAACACAGCCCGCGUCCAGCAUUCCGUGGUGGACCUCUCAGGCAACGUCUCCUGGUCCAUCCCAGUUCCCUACGACCCCUGCCCCCGCGCUGGCUACUGCUGCCUCGUCUCCGUCCUUGACCUCUCCGUCCUUGACCUCUCCGUCCUUG